CGAAUUAAGUUCACGCUCCACAGCUGGUGAUGGCGGAUGUUGUUGAAAAAGACACCAUGAAGAAUUACCAUUUAGCGUCUGAGAAAAUAAACCCAGAGACCAGUCGCUAUCCUUAUUGUAUAGUCUGGACACCCAUCCCCGUUUUAUCAUGGCUGCUUCCAUUCAUCGGUCACAUGGGAAUCUGCACUUCCACUGGAGUCAUCCGGGACUUUGCCGGGCCAUACUUUGUCUCAGAGGACAACAUGGCUUUUGGAAGACCUACAAAGUACUGGAUGCUUGAUGUCAGCAGAGUCUACGCUAGUGGCUCCAAUGCCUGGGACACAGCAGUACAUGACGCCUCAGAGGAGUACAAGCACAGGAUGCACAACCUGUGCUGUGACAACUGUCACUCACACGUUGCCAUGGCUCUGAAUCUGAUGCGCUAUGAAAACAGCACCUCAUGGAACAUGGUUAACCUCUGUCUGCUCGCUCUCAUCCACGGAAAACAUGUCAGCUGUGCAGGCUUUCUGAAGACCUGGCUGCCUUUCAUGAUGCUCAUGGGUGUCGUCCUUACAGUGGCCCUGGCCAUCAACCUCCGAUGACCCAGCGAGGCAGGAUAAGGACACAGUGACUCCCCCCACCCCGGAGAUGGAGGACGUAACUCUGACAUUCAGAACAGCAUGGGAGGGGUGGGGAUGUCACAGUGUUGAACAAAAGUAACCGAGGAGACAGACUACUCACCUCUAAGAGAGGAAUGUUGGACAAGAUUGUGAUUCGUCACUGACAUUACUGCAGUGUUGAAACUGCAAUACCCCAGUGAUGGAGGUCCAUUUAGAUUUAUCUGUCCUGAAACCAACAUAGUUGAAACACACUCAUGCCUUGCUUUCAGAUUUUGAAUGGAUUGGGAGUAUAAUCCCCCUGAUUCAGUGCUUUCAGACUUUUCUAUUGGGGAGCAUGGACAGGUUAUAUCAUAGCUGCCUUUCUUGAGAGUUUAUUGCAUCUCAUGCUUGAUCUAAAGUAGCUCUUCCACAGUACUGCAGUUAAGAUCCAAAUACACAAGAACAGAAAAUA